UUCGUUGUUACCAUUUGUACCCAUUCUGUGUUGUAUAGUACAAAGUCGAAACGUUUCACCAAUCUAUACUUUGCUCAUUUUCCUUAUCGGCUUCUUCCUCUUCCUUCUUUCUAAAGACAGAAAGACCAGAGAGCCUGCGGAGGAGGAAAAAGGAGGAUUCCAGCGAGAAGAGAAGAUGUCGUGCCUGGCAUGCAUUCCCAUGUGCUGCGCUUCCCUCACCUGUGGUCUCUGCUCGUCGGUUGCCUCCGGCAUCUCCAAGAAAUCGGCUCGGAUCGCCUACUGCGCUCUCUUCGGCUUCUCCCUCGUCGUCUCCUGGAUUUUCCGUGAAGUUGGCGGCCCCCUUUUGGAGAAAUUCCCCUGGAUUAACUCGUCUGAUACGCAGUCGAAAGAAUGGUUUCAAAUGCAAGCGGUGCUGCGAGUGAGCUUAGGAAAUUUCCUCUUCUUUGCGAUUCUUGCUCUGAUAAUGAUCGGAGUGAAGGACCAGAAUGAUAAACGUGAUGCCGUGCAUCAUGGUGGAUGGAUGGCCAAGAUUGUCAUCUGGCUUGUGCUCAUGGUGCUCAUGUUCUUCGUUCCGAACAUCUUAGUUACCAUCUAUGGGGUUCUGUCAAAAUUCGGAGCAGGGCUGUUUCUGUUGGUUCAAGUGAUUAUGCUACUGGAUUUCACACACAGAUGGAAUGAUGCAUGGGUUGAGAAAGAUGAACACAAGUGGUAUAUUGCUUUACUUGUUAUAUCAAUCGGAUGCUACCUCGGAGCUUUCGGGCUAUCUGGGAUUCUAUUCAUAUGGUUCAAUCCAUCUAGCAAUGAUUGUGGCCUCAAUAUCUUCUUCAUCAUUAUGACCAUGGUUCUUGCUUUCUCGUUUGCUGUGAUUGCACUUCAUCCCGCGGUGAAUGGCAGCCUAUUACCAGCUUCAGUGAUAUCAAUUUACUGUGCCUACAUUUGCUACACGGGUCUAUCAAGUGAACCCCAUGAUUAUGCUUGCAAUGGACUCAACAAGUCGAAGGCAGUCACCAUAGGAACACUUGUGCUUGGAAUGUUCACGACGGUUCUUUCGGUGCUAUACUCUGCCCUUCGUGCUGGGUCCUCGACAACUUUCUUGUCCCCAUCUCCACCAACUUCCCCCAGGGCAUCAGCCGGAAACAAACCUUUGCUUGGAGGAGACGAAGACGUUGAAGAAGGAAAGGGGAAGGGGAAAGAAGCUGAGUACCCCCGCCCUGUUAGUUACUCCUACUCGUUCUUCCACCUCAUCUUUGCACUGGCUAGCAUGUACUCAGCCAUGCUGCUUUCUGGAUGGACCAGCUCAACCGAGAGUGCAGACCUAAUCGAUGUCGGUUGGACCUCCGUCUGGGUUCGGAUCUUCACCGAGUGGGUCACAGCUGGGCUCUACGUAUGGACUCUCGUAGCCCCAUUGCUUUUCCCAGACAGAGAGUUCUAUUGAUUUAGGUAUGCUGUUAAUAUCUUUGUGUUUAGGUACAUAUGGGCUGUUAAUGGCUCUCAUGUUUUAGGGUAGUAAUGGUUCAUGUGGUGUGAUCGGAGGUGUAAAGCAGCGUAAGAAACUCAAGAAGUGUAAGGCAAAGCCUGGUAUUGGUAUGCCAAUCUUGUGGUUAUAUGUACGCUCAGAGAUCUCCUUUGAGCCGGAAAUGGAGCGACGGGACUUCCGGCGAUGAAGGUGGAUUCAGCAUUGGAGCCAAAUUGCUCAGUUCUUGUACCGGACCAGACCAUAAAUGUGAUGUGAAUGAAAGGUCUUGUGAAUUGUGAUAUCGAAUUCUCCGUCUCUGCCAAAUUACAUAAUAGAAAAAAUGUGUUUGCUAUUCCUUAUCGAGGAGUAAACGCAGUAACGACAAAUAAUAAGUAGAUGAAAGGGAAAUUCGAACAUCAGGAGGAAGCUCUUUGAUGAUUCUCACUAAUAUAAUGCAUUGAAUCAGACGGACUCUGCUUAACUCCGUUCUCAAAACAAUUUUUCUUCUUCCCAGUUUCCCGACCUUUGAUUUGAAUUGAUUCCCCCCAAAUUGCUGCUCUAUCUUUUUCUACACUGCAGACAUGCAGGAGAAAGGAGCCAACUCUCCGACAUCCAAGUCCCCGCCGUUACCGUGGCUUUCCCUGGUGAGCCCACGGCAGCAGCAAUGGCGGUUCAGAUUUUGCACUGCUCUGGUUUUCCUGGGCUUGCUGAUUGUUUGGAACAUGGACGCCUCUACUGUUAGCAGCAUCAUCGAGUCUUCUUCAAGUUUCAAGCAGCAGCUAUACCUGACCAUGAAUCCCGGUGGCCGCCGCGGCGGUGGUGCGAAAUGGGCGACGGUGGAGCUCGAGCCGAAUUUCACUUCGGCCAUCCUCUCCCGAUUGCAGGCUCCCGGUGGCAACAAUAAACCAACGGCGGAGAUUAUGAUUCCGGGUCUCGACAACGACAAGGGUGUCGUUGAGCUGACCGCCGGAGAUGCUCACGUCUUGGUCUUCCAGGCGGUGGACGAAUUCGGAAACCCUCGGUACUCCGGCGGGGAUUACUUCGAGUCGGACCUCUCUGGCGAGUCAUGGAAAUCUCGUCCUCCGGUGAAAGACUUGGGAAACGGAAUUUACUCAAUCACCCUCCAAGUACACCCCGAUUUCACCGGCGAUUACCUCCUCACUCUCAUCCUCCUCUACCGCCACUUCGAUGGUCUCAAAUUCCUGCCGACCAGAUCCGCCGUCGUCCAGACACUGCGAAGCCUCCGAAUCAAAUUCGUCACAACAAGCAACGCCGCCGAAUUACCACAGUUGAAAACCUGCAGCGAAUCCGAUUUCACCAGAGAUUUAUCGGUCGGGAGAUGGACCAGGCACGGCAAGAACGACAGCUGCCGGAUCAGCGACGACGGGCGGUACCUGUGUCUCCCGCCGGAUUUCCCCUGCCGGAACCCCUGGUGCAACGGCUCAUUAGGCACAUUGGAGAGCAACGGAUGGGUUUACUCCACUCACUGCUCCUUCCAACUCUUUCAGCGCAAUUCGGCGUGGAACUGCCUCAAGAACAGGUGGAUCUUCUUCUCCGGAGAUUCCAACCACGUCGACACAAUCAGAAACCUGCUCAACUUCGUGCUGAACCUGACCGAUGUGAAAUCCGUUCCCCGAAGAUUCGACUCGAACUUCACGAACCCUGAAGACGCGUCCCAAACCGUCAGGAUCACGAGCAUUUUUAACGGCCAUUGGAACGAGACGGACAACCAUCUGGGGCUAGACUCCCUGAGAAACCAAGGGUUUAGGGAUUUGCUGAAAGGGUACUUCGGCGGUGAAACGGUGCCGGACACGCUGAUACUGAACUCGGGCUUGCACGACGGAUCCCACUGGCGGAAUGUCAGGGGAUUCGUCGGCGCAGCCCAAGACGCGGCGGAUUUCUGGAAGGAGGUGUUGGAGUCGGUGAGCCGGAGGGGGCUGGCGAGGCCGAGGGUGGUGUACAGGACGACGGUGGCGACUGCAGGGGGAGCGAGGGUGCUGCAGUACAAUCCGAACAAGAUGGAGGUGUUUAAUUGGGUGGUGCUGGACAAGUUUAGGAGCGCCGGGGUGAUCGACGGCGUGGUGGAUGACUUCGACAUGACGUUUCCCUGGCAUUACGACAACCGGUGUAGCGACGGGAUACAUUACGGGCGGCCGCCGGCCAAGGAGAGGUGGAAGGAUGGGUUGAUUGGGCACCAGUAUUUUGUGGAUGUUAUGCUGUGUCAUGUGUUGCUCAAUCUGCUGUGUGCGAGAUGAGAUGAGAUGAUUGUGUAGAUAUUUUGGAGCUUCUUUGGGAAGCUCAAUUGUGUGGAAUUAUUAUUGUUAAUAUUUUUUUGACGGUUGAUGAGUAUGAGUAUAACAUUUUUUUAAAUAUUCUUAUUCACUUAUACUCCUAAUAAAUAAAAUUGAAAAAAGAAAACCCCCAGCAGAUCCAUUCCCUGUGCACCAAGAGUGCUUUUACUGCACAUGCAGACUCAUAAACACUGUUACAACUCGGAUAGGACUAUGGUGUGGGCGGGUGCAGGGGAACACUAAUUGGUUCUGGAUGGGAUUGUCACAGUUUGGUUCCGUUUGAACUGGGGUUGUCCCUCUGGUCGAGGAAUUCGUUGUUUGGAAUACUUUCCUUGCCCCUCACCCGCGUUGAUCUCUCACUCUCAGCGAUUAAUGGGAUUCAGAUGGUGCUUCGACGAGACUGGAAGAAACUGACAGAUGGUGAUUGGGGACGGCUUUUUCUAUUUCCCAGUUUUUUGCUUGGUGGAUACAAACCCACGUCUCCCUUUUAUUUUCUAUCCAUUAGUUUCACCUAACCCGGUUCAAUCCCCAAUGUUAGCUCCACUGAUAAAAGUUUUUUUUUCUAUAGAGCCCUAAAUAAAUUCCACUGAAAGUAGAGAAUCCGCAAACAGACUCAAGUAUCUCUCCCUCUCUCUCUCCCUACCUCUAUCUUCUCAUCUCUGCCAUUGCGAUCAUGCGCCGGGUUUGGGUGGAUCAGAGAGGAACCAGGCAGCUCGUGAUGGGACGGUUCCAUUUUGGCUUGGUGGUUACAAACCCACGUCUCCGUUCUUUCUUCCGAGGAGAUGACCGGGGCUAGAAGCGGUCAAGCGACGGGUUGGGAGGAUCAGGGAGAAACCAGAAAACUCAAGAAGCGACGGGUUGGGAGGAUCAGGGAGAAACCAGAAAACUCAAGAAGCGACGGGUUGGGAGGAUCAGGGAGAAACCAGAAAACUCAAGAUCGGCUUGUUUCAUUUAUGGCUUCAGGUGAUUGUUCGUCGAAUUUUUUGUCUCCUCUAUGUUUUCACUUGGUUCAUUCUCUCUUUCUUGCAGAAAGGGUGGUUUGAUCUCUUUUCAUAGUUUUAUUCAACAACUAUAGCCUCCCCGAGAAAGACAAGGACCCGACCUCUGCAUAAAUUUGAUAAUUCAUUCAGCUGCGAGACUCCCUUUGGUUUGCAAUUGGAUUUGAGGUUUGCAGAGAGCAAAUUCGGAGGGGAGGCAGAUCCGUAGGUUUUACUAUGGUUUUGUUCUAUCUGUUGCCUUUCAUGGGUUUGUUGUAUUUGUAUAUCUUUCUUGCUCCUAUAUUUUGUUUGAUCGCUCUUUUAGGAGUAGAUGGAGUCGUCAAUUUUACUUUCAUUUAUUUAUGUGGAAGUCGAAGUUGAGCUAAAAGGUAGCAAGAGCAGGGGACUGACUGGCUGGUAUUCGCAGUCUGCUAUUGGAUUGGUCAAUGGAUUUGAGAAACAUAGAGGUUUCCAAGAACUUCAGAUCUGUAAAUUUCGUUAAGGUUUCAGGUAAUAUUGUUUCCAUGGUGAGUUUGUUCUCUCUGCAUACUUGCUUGGGCUCUUCCUCUCUUACUUCCAUCAGUUUGGUCUCUUUUCGUUCGAGGUAUCAUUGUGGAAAUGAGUAGGCAGGGGUAGUGAUCGACUCUCAGCGAGAAAUCAUUAGACCUGGGGAUGAUUUGGUUUCCAUAGUGAACAAGUGUCCAAUUUGGUGGUAGGAGAUGAGACUGAUUGUAGCCUUGGCUUUUGCUUACUUUCAGGAUGGACUUUUUGGAGAAGUGGAGGUGGUUCUGGUUUAGUCUAGAUGUAUCAAACCCAUGUAAAUAUUUUGGGAUUUGUGAUCGUAAUCUAAGAAUGUAUAGGAAAGGAAACUGGUCACUUCCAUUUAGUAUCCACAACUAAUUCCUUCUGCAAGUAUCGUG